AUGGAAAACAGCACUGUUGGUAGAGAUAUCCUGAUGCUGGAGGGGUUAAAUGUCACCUCCCUGUCCUUCAUUCCUUCCUUCAUCCUCCUCCUAAUCGUCUACAUCUUCAUCAUGGUGUCCAACCUCGGCCUGGUGGUGCUGACCUUCAGGAGCAGCGGCCUCCACCAGCCCAUGUACCUGCUGCUGUGCAACAUGAGCAUUAACGAUGUGUUCGGGGCUUCCAUCAUCAUCCCUCAGGUUCUCCGGGACCUCCUGACGUCGGACUCGGAGCGGCUCAUCCAGUACGUGGACUGCGCCGUCCAGGCCUUCUGCGUUCACCUCCACGCCAGCGCCUCCCACACCGUGCUCAUGAUCAUGGCGUUCGACCGCUACGUGGCCAUCUGCAACCCGCUGCGCUACGCCACCAUCAUGACCCACAGGAUGGUGCUGGGUCUGUCGAUGUGGGCGUGGGCGGUGUCCUUCCUCAUGGUGGGGUUCCUGGUCGGCCUCAGCGUGCGGCUGUCUCGCUGCAGGUGGAUUAUCCUCCACUUAUUCUGCGAUAACGCCUCCCUGUUUAGUCUGUCCUGCGAGAGCGUGCUCAUCAACAACAUCUACGGCCUCGGCUACACCGUGGUGCUGCUGGGCUCCUCCAUCGGCAGCAUCACGCUCACCUACCUGAGGAUCGCCAUGGUGUGUCUGCGCAGUAAGAACAAGGCCCUGAACAGCAAGGCGCUGCAGACCUGCGCCACGCACCUGGCCGUGUACGCCAUCCUGCUGGUGUCCGGCUUCAUCAUCGUGAUCCUGGCGCGCUUUCCUCGGCUGGCGGUGCACAGGAAGGUGGCGUCGGUCAUGGGACACGUGGUGCUGCCGGCCCUCAACGCUCUGAUCUACGGCCUGCAGAUCAAAGAGGUCCGGCAGAGGGUCUUGGCUCUGUUUCAUAAGAACAAAGUCGCUUCAAUGGAUGGUAAUUGA